AUGUCCACCUCCAACGCCCCUACCAAGAUGAAAGCGCUCGUCUACCGAGAUGCCAACCAGGUCGAAGUCGUAGAAAAGGAUAUCCCUACUCCUGGACCAGGCGAGGUGGUCGUCAAGGUCACGACGAGUGGAUUAUGCGGGAGCGAUCUGCACAACUACAGGGCCGAGGCUUCCAGCUUUACCAGUACCGGGUUCACCAUGGGCCACGAAUUUACCGGCUACAUCCACUCUGUCGGCCCCCCCUCCGAUUCCUCUUCCUCAGAACCCUCGUCCACUCCCAACCUUCAAGUCGGCCAGCGCGUAGUCUGCCCCUUCACGACCUCUUGCGGCGACUGCUGGUUCUGCCAACGCGGCCAGACCGGACGAUGUACGAAAGGAUCCCUCAUCGGGUGUCCGAAGUUGGAAGGAGCUCAGGCUGGGUAUGUCAGGGUCCUGCUGGCGAGGACCACGUUGUUUGAGGCUCCGGAAGGGAUGCCGGAUGGGCAUCUGAUCUUGAUGGCCGAUAUCUUCCCUACGGGUUGUUUCGUCGUCAAGAACGCCUGGGACAUGUUGGGCGAAGUUGAGAGGCAGGACGCUACAGCGCUUGUCAUCGGUUGCGGACCCGUCGGACUCUGCGCUAUCAUGGCGGCCAAAGCGAGGUUCAGCAAGGUCUUUGCUAUCGACCCGGUCCCCGAACGAAUGGAGAUGGCCAGGAAAUACGGAGCGAUCCCCUUGACCCAGACGGACGGCUCGUACACCGCCUCGCUCCUCGAACAAACCCCUUACGGGCCCGACGUCGUCCUCGAAGUCGUCGGCAACCCCUCCGCUCACGCCCUCGCCAUCGAUCUCGUUCGGAUCGGUGGGGUCGUCGCCUCUUGCGGGGUCCACUCGGCCGCCCUGACGAUCAACGGAGACACCGCUUACAACAAGAACCUGAAGUUUUGUUUCGGCAGGUGUCACGUCCGGGCGAUGUUCCCAUACGCCUUGGGGCUGUUGCAAAAGAUCGGAAAGGAGACGCCGGAGUUGUUGGACGAUUUCGUACAAAAGGUCGUCAGCAUCGACGAGGCUCCAGAGUACUAUCGCCUGUUCAACGAACGCAAGAUCGGCAAGGUCGUCUUCGAGUUCUCGGACGUUUAG